UCCCUUUCCGGAAGUGGCAAUUACUUCACAACAGUAUAAACAAAAGGAAAGGUGUCAUAUACGUUUAAUUUUCUCGAUGCUUUCUGGAGUCUGAAUUAAAUUAAUCGAAUGACAUAAUGUCAACAAAAGAUAACUAUAAGAAGCUGCAAGACAGUAUCCAGCAGUUUGAUGAACAGAACAAAGCUGUAAUUCAGAGUAUACAAAAAAUAGACUCUACUAAGAAAGAGAAGGAUGCGAAAGCAAACCUGGAAACUCUUGAGGGCCAGUUACAAAGUGCUCUACAAAAUGUGAAACAGCUGGAGAAAGAGAUACAGGAGGCCCAGACAGAGGUCAACCAGAAACUAGGUCGAAAGUCAUCAGGACCAGCUGGCCCGAGGAAACCAUUAGAUCCAGAUGACCAGGAAAUGGCAUAUGAGCUUAAAUCACAGCUGCUGAAAAAUGUAGAAAUACAGAAUCAGAAACUGAAGACCGAGUUUACACUGCACGAGAAAAUGACAGAGUCACGUUUGUUGUCACAGCAGAAUAAACGUCUACACGAUGAUGUAACUCUGUCACGUGCUAACUCCAUGAGGCUUAUAAAAGUAUUUGAACGCAAAGCCAAAGAAGCUGAUACAAAAUUAAAAGAAAUGACGAUAGAGUUACACAGGUCACAGGAUCUCGCGGAGAAAUAUCGUAACUUGUACGAGUUAGAGAGAAGGAAGAAUCUGAAAGAUGGCGAACAUCUUCCUCCGGUAGAGGACACCACCAAACUUCCGGAUAAAGAGUCAUCAUACACGUUCCUCGGUGGUGGCAUCAGAAUAAAUGAUAUUAUCAGGAAAAAUGAGGUAUUGACAGAAGAAAACACAGACUUAAAACGUGAGAUUCGUCGUCUAAAGGAAGAUAAUAACAGAUUGGUCAGACAAACAAAACUUGCUAUGCAAGACAGAGAUCAGAUCCUGCAUAAAUUAGAGACUAGUGAAGCUAACAGAAGAAAUCUCUUAAAACGUCUAGAGAAAGAAAAAGAUCAGCAUCAGACUCUAUCAAGGAGUUUAACUAGACAAGCCUCCGACUGGAUCUUAUUAAAGAAACAAAUAGCACAGUUUGAUGAGGAGUAUAGAUGGAGUCAGAUCAUGUACCAAGUAGGACAUGUAAACCCCCAGACUGCUGAACAACGUAGCCGUGUACAUCCUGUCACCAAAAACGUUUACAUGCCACGCAAAAUGUUCCCCGUCGAGCAAUACGAUAAAUCUGCGGCACCAACCUGAUAAACUUUUAUAAUUAUUGCAAAUAAUUUUGUUAUAGAUACCUCAGAUAUAAUAGAAGAAAAAAAAAACAAUGAAGAAAAAUAUGAAAUAUAUUUUAAAAAAUGUUUAUGUUGCGUAUAAAUUCUACAAAAUUCUAUUCUAAAUUGGCAUACAUAAUGCUACCACUUUAGUUCACUAACAUGCAUUAUUUUGUAUUGAGUACAUCAGAUGAUAAGGUUUUGUUGUUGUUUUUUUUUUCAAUGUUUCCACAAAUUCUUAUUAAUUAAACAAGACCUGAAAGCUGAUUAACUCUGAAAGUUUGAUUUGUAAAUUGCUUAAAUUUAGAUUAAAGUGCAUUUUCCUUGAAUUAUUUUUAAUGACCAUUUGUAGGCCAUCCAUAAAACUAUAAAGUUUAAUCAUGGACAGUUGUAUAUUUAAUACUUUCACAAUGGCAGGGUCAAUGUUGUUUCUUUACAUAACCAUAAAAAAAAACAACUUAAAAGUAAAGUAAUAUUUCAGGCACAUUUUUUUUAGCAACAAACAAGUAAUAGGUAAUAUAAUUAUGCUUAUCUAUGUAGUAAUUUCUGGGUAAUAUUUAUUUAAAUGAUAUAUAUUAGAAUAAAUAAUGCAUGCUAUCUUCAUACUCGUUAACAUUCAUAUACUAUUGACUAAUAGAAUUGUUAUCAAUAUUUGGUUGUUUAUCUUAUGCCAACCUUGGUUAUAGGGUAAAUGACCCAUUAUUACCCUAACUUUGGUUAUAGGGUAAAAGUCCUAUAAUAUCUUUACCUUGGUUAUAGGGUAAAUGACCCAUUAUUACCCUAACCUUGGUUAUAGGGCAAAUGACCUAAAAUAUCUUAACCUUGGUUAAAGGGUAAAUGACCCAUUAUUACCCUAACCUUGGUUAUAGGGCAAAUGACCUAAAAUAUCUUAACCUUGGUUAUAGGGUAAAUGACCCAUUAUUACCCUAACCAUGGUUAUAGGGCAUAUGUCCUAAAAUAUCUUAACCUUGGUUACAGGGUAAAUGUGUAAAUGGCAUUGUAUUACUUUACCUUGGUUAUAGGGUAUUUUGGUAAAUGUAUUAUCAACUUUAUAGAAUUGUAUUUAACUAUUUUUUACUGUAAAAUUGUUGCAGAUUAUUAUAAAAUUAGCUAUAAUGUGCUAUAUUAGAAUAGUUGCUGUUUACAAACCAAAGAAAAUCAGAUGUUUUUUACUUCAUUUUUUAUUAUUUGUUUUGACUUUUAUAACUUCUUGAUUAUCUGUGUUAAAUAUAUUUUUGUCUGGCAUAUGUUAAAGGAUUAAUACCAUUCUUAAAAACAAAAUUGAAAGACGUCAAUAAUUUUCAGAUCAAAUCUAGUCAUGAGAUUUAUAGUUUGUGACUUUACAAGUAAAUCAAAAAGACAAUCAAAUUAUUAUAACAUUAAUUUGAAAUCAACUCUACUGUGUUGUUAGGGGAUAUUUUAAGUGCUGUAGUAUUAAAGGUUUGAUAUAUAGUGUCUGUAUAGCUAUAAGUUUAAACCACUACUAGUAAAUGUGUGUUUUAAGUUCACAUAUUUUUAUGGGAAGUUAGAAAUUGUAAAGUGAUUUUUAAACGUUUUGACAGUCAAAACGUUUAAAAAUCACUUUACAAUUCCUAACUUCUGUUUAAAUACUUUAAGGUUUAGGAGAAGAUUUUUUUUUGUUUCUGGAUCUGUUUGAAUUAAGGGGAUUUCUGGCAUAAGUUUCUAAGAGCAGGAUUGGGGCACUAUAUUUACAUAUGAUAUUUUCUUUUGCAUAAUAUUGUUUUUCUUAUUAUUUAUAAAUUGUAAUGUAUUAAUUUAUAGUUUUCUGAUAAAUUGAAAUGUCUAAAGGUGAUCUUACUAUUAGAUGUAAAUAGAUAAUCAAAAUUAUAAGAUGUCCCUACGUUUUAAAUACAUGUACUUUGUGAUAUACCUUGUCUCAAUAUGUAGUACAUACAUGAUGAUUGUUCACAUUGAUUAAAGUUUGUGAAGAAUAAAUACACCAUAAAUAGCACUGAAUGUAUCAAAAAGUAUAACAAAAAAAAAUGAAAAAAUUCAUAUUUAUUUUAAAAUCAUUAUUUUUGAGCUUUUAGUGUUAUCUUGCCACUGUUAUUUUGAAUGAUAUUCCAAAUGAAAUGUAUUUUGUCUGCAUUUGUUUUAUUAUAUUUUUGUUUUGGUUUUAAUUGUUUUAAAUUUAUUUUUUUGAUAUGAUGAAAUGGUUAUCAACUAUCUAAAACCUGCUAAGGAUAAGUUUUAGAUAACUGCAGUCAGACAGAGGUGGUAAGCCUUCAUUACCAAUAUAGAGCCAGGCCAACUUGCACUUAUCCAUGCAAUCUAACCAGGCCCAUAUUCUGGUGGCAGACCAACUUCAACUUUUCAUCUUAAUAUCCCAAAAUUUGAUAAUGGACAGUUCCAAAAAGGAAGAUGGACAAGUCCAUUUAAGAAAUACAGCAGGUUAAGGGGUAAAUCAAACACAAGCAUUUCUUGAUAAACUUGCUAGUCUGGAUGUUUUAUUGUAAUAAUUUCUGUAUAUUAAAAUAAGUCGGAAUCUGUGAAAUAAAAUAUUUCAAGUUUUUACACAAAGUUUCAUUACUGUACAAUUCAUUUUGUUUAAAAAACAUGCUUCACAUUUUGAAAUUUAUCUGUAAUUUUAUGAACAUAUAGGAAAAUAUAAGAUAUUUUAUAAAUUUUUCAAAGAAUUUUUUGUUGAGGAAAUACUCUUUUAAAGUUUGUAUAAAAUAUUGUCUCAAAUGUUUAAUUACCACAUAGUAAAACAUACAAAUGUAAGUAAAAAAUAAAAUUCAAUCACAACUGAUAAUUCCAUACUAUGGUAAAUUACCUGUAUAUUACAGGUAUUUCAUUGGCAUUAUUCUAUUUAAUAUGUCAUUUAACCCAUUUUAGGAUUUUCAAUUCUUUUUCCUUUUCUUUUCUUUUUUAUGGCAAAUAUUUCAUUUUACAGUUGGGAGCAAUCUGGGUUGUGUUUGUAUGUCAAAGCUUACUUGCAAUAUGUGUAUAUGGUAGAGCAUAUUCUGGGAUUCAAGCAUUCUGGGAUAGUCUGUGAUAUGAAGGGAACUUUAUAUGCUGUGAUAUAUUAUUGUAUCUUUUUUCAGUCCUGUGUUACAAAAAGUCUGUUUUUAGGGAUGUCCUUUUGACAUAAAAUAAACUGUUAAAAGUUA